AUGAAAAACCCCGGGGUUAACUGUAAUGUAACUAAUUCAGUUACGAGUGGUAUCGAUAGGAAAGAACGACCAGUGUUCCCCAACAAUCCUUCGAAUCGUCGUCCUGAUACUCACAGCAAUCCUGGAUUCGAACUUGAUUUCAAUGAAGAAAGUAAGGCUGACAAUAAUGAAUCUCUUACUCCUAGCAGUACCCCAACACAUUCACGAAAGAAUAGACGAAAAUCCAAUUUAUUUCAAAAACGUAAUGAAGAUGAGCGUGAAAGAGAGAAGAAAUUGAAUGGAAUCGGAAGUGGACGUGCGAUUCCACUAAAGCAAGGAUUUUUAUACAAACGAACUUGUAAACCAUUAAAUGAUGCUCGUCUUACUUAUCAUCCAAGUAUUCAUGAUUAUAUGGACAAUUCACACGGUAAAGAAAUUGACUUAAGUAGAACAACCGUCAAAAUUCCUGGUGUAGCAUUUCGUCAAGUUGGAAGUCGUAUAACAAGUAAUGGACUGUUGCGAAGUCAAUUAAAUGAUGGCGGUACAGAUCGUCGAUCAACUGGCGUAGAUGUUAAGAAUCCUACUGAAAAUUCAGCCCCUAUUAAUGAUAAUUCGGCAUCAGGAGGUAAAGAUUCAUCAUCCGUGAAAAAACGUCAUCGACGUAUUAAAUCUAAUCCGAAGAGUAAUAAUGCUGAUGGUUCAGAUUCCGAAGGUUAUGAAUUUCAGUUGAUAUCAAUGGAUCGUCAGUGGCAUUUUGAAGCGACUGGUCCAGAUGAACGAGAUGAAUGGGUUAUGUAUAUUGAACGUGCUAUUAUGACAAGACUUCAGUUGAAUGAAUCAUCUAAACGUACUCGUGCUAUUGCUGCUACUGGUUGUACUACAGGAGGUGGCGGUGCUAGCGGUUCCAACCACCUUUCCAAUGUUAGUGGAUUAGGUUCAGGGAGUGGUCGACAUGGAGAUUCCAACAGUCUUAAUUCAAGUCGUUGUGGUGCCGGUGAUGCUAAUGAAUUGGCUGUUACAGAGCAUUUAAUUCAGAGCAUAAGAUCUGCAGCUGGAAAUGAUUUUUGUGCAGACUGUGGUGCACCAGAACCAGAUUGGGCAAGUCUUAAUUUAGGCGCUAUGGUUUGUAUUAGUUGCAGUGGUAUACAUCGGCAACUUGGAACACAUAUUUCACGCAUACGUUCUUUACACUUAGAUGAAUGGUCUACUGAAUCUGUCACUGUAAUGAGCGCUAUUGGUAAUACAUUAGCUAAUUCGGUUUGGGAAGCUGCUGCACCUGUAAAUGCUGGGAAUCUACGAAAACCAAAUCCUUCAAGUUCACGAGAGGAAAAGGAAAUUUGGAUUCGAGCCAAAUAUCAACAUCGAGAAUUUCUGCCUCCAUUACCCUAUCCUGAUGCUCCACUUCAACGACAGUUAAUUGAUGCAAUAGCUCGUCAAGAUACACGUCAAGUUAUACUAUGUCUAGCUUUAGCUACACCUGAAACAGUCAAUGCAGCUUAUUCACUUCAAGAUCCACGAGCAGCUAUACACAUUGCUGCUACUCUCGGAAAUCUAGUUUAUUUACAAUUGCUUUUAUGGUACAAUGGUGAUCCAACUGUGACAGAUCAUGAAGGAAGAAAUGCAUUCUAUUACGCUCAUUGUUCUAAAAAUUAUGAUUGCGCUGAUUUCCUGUUGCGAAAUAGUUGUCCAAAACAACUGGUACCACCCAUUCCUCCUAAUAAUAUGCCUCCAACAGUUCGUUCUUCUCAAAAUAUUAUGCCACAACAAAUUGUUCAGUCACAUUCCAUAAUUCAUGGACCUUCAACAUCAACUGGGCUUUCAUCUGGUGUUGCAGACAUAAAUAUUAGUAAUAGUAUAAACUCAGGUCUUGUACAACCUCAUCAUUUUUCACAUCUCCAGCAACAUCAAUCCUCUGCUGCUGUUGUCGGUUCUGAAGUAGGAACUCAUUUAAGCGGACAAUUACCUUCUUAUCAUCCCAUGACCACUGGUUCUGUAACAUCAAAUCAGCAACUAUCUCAAGUUGUAGGAUCAAAUCAUCCACUUGUAUCGGCUUCUGGUAAUAUGUAUACAGGAAAUGUGAAUCAAGCUUUAGGCGCUACCCUUCCUCGUCGGCGUGCCCCAAUUGGUCCAUUUCCUCCCGGUGCAGUACCUCCGACUCUCCAACCAUUUCCACGACCAAAUAUACAACAGCAAGUAUCAGUUAGUAAUACUCAUCGACCUACCUCUUCAGUUAUCCAGUCAGUUACUCGCCCUAUAACUCCAAAUGCUAUGCUAAGAACAUCCUUGGUUAGUUCAUCACAACCGCCUCAUACACGUUCAGCUUCAAAUACUGCUGCUACACUGUCCCAACCAUAUGUUUCUACUACUCAAGAAGUUGGACUCUGGAACAUCUUACUCACUCUUAAUAACGAAGUUAAACUUGCUGAUUUUGGAGUUUCUGCCAAGUUAACGGAUGAAAAGCAAAAGCGAUCGACAUUCAUCGGGACACCUUACUGGAUGGCUCCAGAAGUUAUCAAUUGUGAAACUUUUAAAGAUGCUCCUUAUAACUGGAAAGCAGAUAUAUGGUCUUUUGGUAUAACUCUAAUUGAACUUGCUCAAAAGAGACCACCUCAUAACGCUACUAAUCCAACACGUGUUUUGUUGAGAAUUCUGAAGUCUGACCCACCAACUUUAUCUAGACCACAAUUAUGGUCUUCAAAAUUCAAAGCGUUCUUGGAGCGUACUCUACAAAAAGAUCCAAAUCAAAGACCCGAGUGUAGAGAUCUUCUCUUGGAUCCAUUUGUUUCUGAUGUGACGGAAAAUGAUCGUAAAGUAAUUCAAAUACUAUUAUGUGAAGUCAAUGCAGAUAUUAUUGAAACAGUUGAAGAUUUCGAUCCAAACGAGCCUAUUGAUGAAAUGGACGAUAAUGAUUUGAAUCCACUUAUACUGUCAGAUUCUACGAAAUUAUCAAUUCCUGUUGAAAUGGUUUAUGAUGAACAUGAUAAUACAAAAAAUAAACAUGAAUCAAAUAAAAAUCUUAAACAAAUAAAUGAUAAUAGUGGUGAUAGUGGUGUUAGUCUUGAACAUACAACUUCUGAUAAUCAUUACGAAUUAACAAAACAAUCUGAUUCAAAGGUGGGGAAAAUGCCAGGACUAUCAUUGGUUGCAAUAGCUCGGUCAUGUUCUUUGAAACAAGAUCUACUACAGACAACCACUAAACCAGUUGUGAAAAUGCGUUCUAAAGUAAAACGUCGAUCUACUGUUGCACAUGUCAGUCAAAGAAAAUCCGGUUCAUUAUUCACUAUCUCAUCGAUUUACAAACCUAAUAACGUACCGGUAUCAACUAACACUAAUCAAUUAUCUUGUGAAAAAUCAAUUAAUACCAUACAAUCAAGGAACAAUCAUAAUAACUCAGCAACUACUAAUCAUACUUCUUUUAAAGUUACUGUAUGUCCUACAUGGAUAGAUAAAUCAAUGAUCACUAUAGAUUUACCAUCUAUUAAACCAAUUAUAUCUAAGAAAAUUUGGCGAACUGAAAUCAAUUUACCAAUUUUAUCACCAAUAUUAAAAAAGAAUCAUAAUGUUGAUAAUAUAAAAUCAACAAUCAUAUAUGAUUAUGGAAAUUCUCAACAACAACAACAAAAUAACAAAAUGAAUGAUUAUAUAAUUGAUGAAAUAGUCGAUCAAUUAAUUACAGAUGUAAUCACUUCUGACACAAAAUCACCUUCGAUUACAUCAUGUGUAUUUGAACUUAUGCAUGAUAUACAUUCAACUGUUGUCAAAUCACCACAUACUACUUCUAUUACUCCUAAUGCCACGAUCAUCACCACUUCUGUUGUUCCUAAUUCUACUGCUAAAAUGGAACAUGUUGCUAAGGCUAAUAGUAAUGUUAACAAUCGUAUUCGUGAAACAAUUGUUCAUCCUAAGAAACAGUUGACUCCAUCAGAAACUAUUGAACAUAAAUCUCUUGUUGUUAAUGAUGGAUUGAAAGAUCCACUUUCAUCAUUGCCUUCAACAACUGAUUUUCAUGAUAAUAAUAAAUCGAAAAUGACUGUAUCUCCACUUAAACGUCAAAAUAGUGCUUAUCGUACAAGAACUCGAACGCGUAGAUUUGUUAUUGAUGGUCAAACGAUUACUACAACAUCGAAACGCAUUGUAAACACUAAUUUAGAAGAUAAAAGGUUCUGUGAAGACGAACAAAUUAAACGUAAAGCAGCUUUACGUGCAUUCAAAAUAUUAGCCAAAACAAGAAGCACAUCAAACACGUGA